AUGCUCUACAAAAGUAUUGACCUAGGGUCAACCAUCCAUAUGCAAAAAGAUCAUGAAAUCCAACUAUAUAUAUCCAGCUCCGUUCAAAUUGCACAACCCAAUGACUCACCAUGUUUAGAAGAGCUAUCUAUAGAAAAUCUCCGAAGGCAAGACGUUUGGGCUUCCUGGGGUUCCAACUCCACGAUACAAAUUAACAUAUCAGUUAAAAUACAAACCCUCCUGGCAACUAAAGUAUCUAUACCAGGCACACUACGGACUAUUUCAGAACUACUAACUCUGCCAUCGGUAUGGUCUGUCUAUGGCCUCGAUGCUACGCAGGAUGGAAAAAUUCACCAAAAUGAAACAAACACUCUCAAUAUAACUCUACAGGCUAGGCCAACCAGGGAUCAAGCUACUAGCUGUGAACUAAAUAAAAUUCCAACGUCACUUAGCGCAUUGCUUGACGGGAACCCGCAUAUACAACCACCCGCAGAGAUACCUACAAUCUUUGUUCAUGAUAUCAACAUUCAGCUUGUCUUCUCGAACGGCUCCAGUUCUCCGGUACUGUUACCAGAAAGUGGUGACAACUACAAUGGACCUCUCAACGUGUUGCUGUCCGACUCAGACGGGUGGGAAUCAUUGGAUGAUUCCACUCCCUUUUCCAGUCAAGAAUCGACCUCUACGUGCUUCUCCGGCAAUUCAAAUUACGAAUCGUCCACGCAUGAAAGCCCGGUUUCUGGCAGUCACAAUAUCAGCCAUAUACGGUCAAUUAUCUCCCUAUUAAAUGCUGGGCUCCUCAAUCUCCUAAAUAUACCCUCGUCUGAUACUAGGUCUGUACGAAGUAUGCCGUCGAAUGGGCACCAAAUUAGCCUGGCAGAGUUGUCUCCAGUUAUUUUCAGCCCGGGAUACAAGAUAGCUAUGUUUCAACGACUUUCUUUUGUGCCACUGGUAAUCAAGGGAAUGGCCUCAAUAAUAAGGAGCAUGGAUUCUAAGAGAUGUGAAUCAACGACUUCCAAGAUCUGUGAUAUUUAUAGAUUCAAAAGUUACACAGCAGGAUUUCGUACGGCUCCAGCAUCGUCAGGCAUAAGGGACAUGUUACGAUAUAUACUAUGGGUUCAAACCCAGAAUUCGCUCUAUUCUGCCAACAAGAAAGCAAGAAGAAGUCAUCUCUUUGCAACUGCUGCAUCAAAGCAGCAGGGAAUAUUGGGUUGCCCGGCAAACACUUUACGAAAGGCCGACUCAGUAGAAGCUCCUGUUGCUAUCAGUGGCUGCCCUGACUCCGAUUGGCAUAUAUUUGAAGACGAGGAAGAUGAUAUCCUGUUAACCGAUGAAGCAUACUCUGAGGAACAAGAAGAAUGGUACAAAUCGCCUUCUCUAUCAGAAUCUAUUAUCAAUAAUGAUGGUUUCCGGUUCAUAACUACACCAGAGAUAGCCGGAAUGAUGCUUGAUCAAGAUGGUAUCUUGUCCUCAUCUCCGUGCUUACUAGCAGAAGUAGAUAUAGGUCCUAUACUUGAGCGGCCAGGAGAAGAACACGACUGCGAUACUGGAAUACCAAUGGACCCAGGAGCAGGAAAUGACCCAACAAUGGAGAUUCUUCAAUCCUCAUCUCCCAUUAUUUUGCCUUUAUCAGCGAGCCAGGGGAGCCCUUGUACUGAUGACACUGACAGGAGCGAGGAGUUAGAUACCCUUCCUAGAUUAGAUAGCAGUGAUGUUGAGAUGAUGUUGCUAUAA